AUGAUCAUGUACAUUCCCAUCCCUUUGUUGUGGAGAUUGCAGACCACUCUCCAAAAGAAACUUGCGUUCGGCCUAAUGUUCUGUGCCGGUUUCUUCAUUGUAAUCUGCACGCUAUUACGGUGCAUUAUCUGCUUGAGCACCCCCGAGCGACUUGACUUGGGAUUGAAUUGGUCCAUCCGUGAAACGGUUGUUGCGAUUAUCUGCACGAACGCUCCGUCAAUCAAGCCGCUUUUCCCCCAUCGACGCACCGGCUCCACGAAUCCGAGUACUCCCCACUCCGGCCUGGUCACGUUCGGCGGCACCGGCAGCUCCCAUAAGAUGUCACGCGUCAGAAAUGGCCAUCAGAAGCUUGACGACACAUCCGUAGGAAGCCAGGAGCAUAUUGUCAACCCGAAAGGCGCCAGAAGCCAGACCACGGCGUUUGCGGACGAUAGAAGUUCCGAUGACGGAGGAAACUAUAACUCAGGAAUCCAAGUCACCAAGGAUUACCACGUCGAGGUGGGCCGGUAA